GCGUCAUCCGCCAUGGGUGCGGACUGCCACGAUGCCGUGCCACGCCUUACUUCACGUCGCCUUACCUUAACUGCCGUUCCUGUGGGCAGACUUAUCCUACAUGGCUUGCAUAUGCGCAAGGUGGCUGAUUACGCCUUACGGCUUACUCAUAUACGCUUCGUUAAACUGGGCUUUAACGCACUUUAGCGAACGUAAAAGUUCAUGAACCACUGGGGAUUACCUUUGCUAACUUCGCCUUGGAGUGGCAAGCGAACUUACGCCUGCGUUCCCUAGGAUGCUUCAAACCUUGGGUCCCUGCCUAAACUGCAACCCAAAGCAAACAAGGAACCAUCCACAUUCACACGUAGCAAGUAAUAGCCCAUCACAUGUGUGCAUUGCACGUCGCGCUGUGGCCGUCGCUGCUGGACCUUCAGCAUCUUCAGCCACAAGCUCAUUCCCAAUUCCCCGAAGGCGCCUAGGGCGAGACGGACCGGAGGUUCCAAUCUUGUGCUUCGGCUGCAUGUUGUUCGGUGAGAGCACCUCCUACCCCGAGGCCGGCAGGCUCCUGGGGACCUGCAUGGAUGCGGGGGUCAACUUCUUUGACACGGCUGAGAUGUACCCGGUACCGCAGCGAGCGGAGACGUGGGGCGCCUCCGAGACCUACCUGGGCCGAUGGAUGAGGGACGCGGGGGUGAGGAGGGAGGAUGUGCUGCUGGCCAGCAAGGUUGCGGGCCCCAGCGGCCAGAUGAGCUGGCUGCGGGGAGGGCCGCAGCGGCUGGACGCGGCCAACAUCCGGGCGGCGCUGGAGGGCAGUUUGAGGCGGCUUGGGACGGACUACAUAGACCUGUACCAGAUCCACUGGCCCGACAGGUACGUGCCCAUGUUCGGCGACUCCGACUACGACCCCUCCUGCGCCUACAGCGAUGUCGUACCGUUGGAGGAGCAGUUGGAGGUGCUGGGGGAGGCUGUACGGCAGGGCAAGGUACGGCAUGUGGGUCUGAGCAACGAGACGCCGUGGGGCUUAUGCAAGGCGCUGUCGGCGGCCUCCCUGACCCACGGGUCACUUCCGCGAGUCGUGUCCCUCCAAAACGCCUACAGCCUGACCUGCCGUACCUUCGACAGCGGCGGUCUGGCUGAGGUGUGCUGGCUGGAGGGGGUGGGGCUGCUGCCGUACAGCCCGCUGGCAAUGGGGCUACUCACGGGAAAGUACCUAGCCCCAGACGGGGGACCCCCGGGCGCCCGACUCAACCGCUACCGUGGGCGUUACGCCGAGGCCGAAAGCCGUUACGGCCCCAAACCCAAUGUACGGCAAGCGGUUGAGUCGUACUGCCGUAUUGCUGCGGAGGCGGGCAUAAGCCCCACGACGCUGGCGUUACGGUUUGUGUUGUCGCGACCGUUGGUGACGUCAGCGGUGGUUGGGGCAACGAGUGUGGAGCAGUUGCAGGAGUUACUGGAUGCUGCUCGGAUGCCGCAUGUAGGAAACGGAGGAGGGGAAGGAGGAGGAGGAGGAGAGGGUGGCAGUGUGGGCUUGGGAGGAGGGGGUGGAAGUGCAGGUGGGGAUUGGUGUUGGCUUCCGGAGGAGGUAAUGGAGGCGAUUGAGCGGGUGCAUGCGCAGUACCCCAACCCCACACCGUGAGGGGUUGAGAGGGAAUGGCUGCCCUGCCCUUCUUGCGGCAGCGCGUUUCAGACAAGUAGGGCAAAGGCAAACGGGUGUAGCGGAGAGGAGAGUAGGUGGACUGCGGUGAGAGGACUGUGAGAAGAGCGAUGAGAACCCCCCAAGUGGUUUGCAAGGAGGCUGGGAGGAAGGAAGAAUGGAAGG